CAAAGCUCGCUCUCAGCCUUUGCUUUCCUUCCCCCGGUUAGCCCCCUUCCUUCUCCUUCAGAUCCCACGCUGAUUUUCUUGGAUUUCCCUCUUUUAUUUUGCAUUAGAAAACCUUGGAAAGCAAAAACCUGUUUUCUUUCUUGCCCCUGUAUUUUUUUUGUGUGUGUGUGUUAGAGCGAGAGAAAGACAGAGAGAGAGAGAGAGAGAGGGGGGGUUAGAGAUACGGGCUUCAUGACAUCAAACCGAGGGAGGGAAGGUACUCGGAAGUUGGACCUUGGAACUGCAGCUGAGAUAAAACUCUGAAUCACAAAAACACAAGAAGCUUACCAGAAUCCUCGAAGUGCAAGAUUUUCAGUCGAUAAAAGGGGAACAAGCACAGAAGAAGCUAGCUGAGCUGGGGUAGGUGCUGCUGACUCUACAAAAUGCCUCACUGGCAAAGGAAGCACACGGAGCAAAAGCACCUUAUCUCUCGGACACCAUUACAGGAGGCGAUGAAUCAAAAUACCCAAUCUGAAACCUUCAAAACAUGUGAAGAUAACACUGAAGAUACUAAGAACAGUGUGGGAAAGAGGAGGAGAAGGAGAAGAGGAAAAGGGACACAACUAGAAAAGAUUCAGGAUAUAACAUCGGAAAUUUGUGUUGUCUCUCCUCCUCUUUCAGAAAGAAGUCUCACCUUUCCUUGUAGGCCAGGCUAUGGAACACUUGGUUCCAAAUGUGUGGUAAAAGCCAACCAUUUCAUUGCUGAAAUAUCAGAAAAGAGCUUGUGUCAUUAUAGUGUUACAAUAACUCCAGAAGUUAAUUCUUCUCCAUUGAACAGAGCUAUUAUGAAACAGUUGGUUAAACUUCAUGGACAUACUGACUUGGGGAUGAUGCUUCCCGUUUAUGAUGGAAGAAGAGCCCUUUACACAGCCGGAUUACUUCCUUUUACCGUGAAAGACUUCACCAUAAAUUUGUCUGAUUUAGAUGAGUCCAUGAGCAUCACAAAAUUUAUGGUGACGAUCAAAUUUGUAGCUCAGGCUAACAUGCUUCAAUGUCGUGAGGUUCUCUCUGAGAAACAAGUCGAGACCAACUCACAAGCUCUUAAGAUUAUUGAUGUUGUACUGAGGGAGCUUGCAGCACAAAGGUAUGUUUCAGUUGGGAGAUUCUUCUACUCCCCUACUCUUAAGAGACCACAGUCACUAGGCAACGGGUUAGAGUCUUGGAGGGGCUUCUAUCAGAGCAUAAAACCUACUCAGAUGGGGUUGUCACUAAACAUUGACAUGUCAUCGACUGCGUUUAUAGAACCACUUCCAGUUGUUGAGUUUGUUGCUCAAGUUUUGGGAAAAGAUAUAAGCAUAAGACCUUUGUCUGAUGCAGACCGAGUAAAGGUUAAGAAAGCCCUUAGAGGUGUCAAAGUUGAAGUUACACACAGGGGAAAUAUGCGAAGAAAAUAUCGGAUAAUAGGGUUGACUUCACAGCCAACAAGAGAACUGAUUUUUCCAGUUGAUGAGGAAAAGAACAUGAAAACUGUCAUUGAAUACUUUCAAGAGGUGUACAAAUUCACCAUUCAACAUUCCCAUCUACCUUGCCUCCAAGUGGGAAGUCAAAAGAAAUUGAAUUACUUGCCAAUGGAGGCUUGCAAGAUUGUUGAGGGACAGAGAUACACCAAAAGGCUGAAUGAGAAGCAGAUAACUUCUCUGUUGAAGUUCUCAUGCCAAAGACCCCAGGAUCAAGAAUUGGACAUUAUGCAGACAAUUCAACACAAUGCUUACAAGCAAGAUCCCCUAGCCAAAGAAUUUGGCAUUACUGUUGAUGAAAAGCUUGCAUCAGUUGAAGCUCGAGUUCUUCCAGCUCCAUGGUUGAAGUACCACGAUACUGGGAAAGAGAAAGAAUAUCUUCCUCAGCUAGGUCAGUGGAACAUGAUAAAUAAGAAAGUGAUAAAUGGUAGCACUGUUAAUUAUUGGGCAUGCAUUAACUUCUCAAGAGGUGUCCAAGAGAGUACUGCUUGCAGUUUUUGUCAGCAGCUGGUCCAGAUGUGCCAAGACUCAGGAAUGGAAAUCAAUUGUGAUCCUGUGAUCCCAAUCUAUGUGGCCAGACCUGAUCAAGUAAAGAAGACUCUGGGAUAUGUAUACAAUGCGGCUGCAAACAGAUUAGGAGGAAAAGAGUUAGAGCUUCUUAUUGCCAUCCUUCCUGACAACAAUGGGUCUCUGUAUGGUAACCUGAAGCGAAUUUGUGAAACUGAUUUGGGUCUGAUCUCCCAGUGCUGCCUCACAAAGCAUGUCUUAAAAGUUAACAAGCAGUAUCUGUCAAACGUAGCUCUCAAGAUUAAUGUAAAGAUGGGAGGAAGGAACACUGUGCUUUUGGAUGCCUUAAGAUGGAAAAUUCCUCUUGUAAGCGACAUUCCAACAAUAAUAUUCGGAGCUGAUGUUACUCAUCCUGAGUGUGGAGAGGAGUAUAGCCCAUCUAUUGCUGCUGUUGUCGCCUCCCAAGACUGGCCAGAAGUUACUAAAUAUGCAGGAUUGGUGUGCGCUCAGCCUCGAAGACAAGAACUAAUUCAGGAUCUAUAUAGAACCUGGAAAGAUCCUCGAAGGGGCACACUAAAUGGGGGCAUGAUCAGAGAGCUUCUGUUGUCAUUCAAGAAGUCUACUGGACAGAAACCAUCGAGAAUAAUAUUCUACCGGGAUGGAGUCAGUGAUGGGCAGUUUUACCAGGUUCUACUGUAUGAACUUGAUGCAAUUCGCAAGGCUUGUGCUUCCCUUGAACCGAAUUACCAGCCACCAGUUACUUUCAUUGUUGUCCAAAAGCGCCAUCAUACACGGCUCUUUGCAAACAACCACAAUGAUAAAAGCAACAUAGACAGGAGUGGGAACGUCUUACCUGGUACGGUUGUGGAUACUAAGAUAUGUCAUCCUACCGAGUUUGACUUCUAUCUGUGCAGUCAUGCCGGAAUUCAGGGAACCAGUCGACCAGCACAUUAUCAUGUCCUCUGGGAUGAGAAUAAUUUUACGGCAGACGAAAUCCAGUCCCUGACAAACAACCUUUGUUACACGUAUGCUAGGUGUACUCGAUCUGUAUCUGUAGUGCCUCCUGCAUAUUAUGCACAUCUGGCAGCCUACAGAGCUCGAUUUUACAUGGAUCCUGAGGUUCACGAGAGCGCUUCCCGCAACACUACUCAUUCAGCUGUGCGGCCUCUUCCAGCAUUGAAAGAAAAAGUGAAGAAUGUGAUGUUUUAUUGCUAGAAAUUGCCGGAAAGACGCAAUGCACUGCACUAGAGUGUAACAAUAAUAUCUUGGGUUUUGUAUGCUCUUUGUGUUUAUGAUGUAAAUAUAUAUAUAUAUAUAUAUGUAUGUGCUA